AUGUGGUCGCUGCAGAAAAUAUGUCUUCUUGCGCUCUGCCCGUCGCACCUCGCGUUCGCGGUACGUAUAAACAUGCAGAAACGCGACUCCGAGCCUCCUGCGCCCGCGACCAUCCCAAUUCAGCUGUCAUACGAUAACCUUGGGAGAUACAAUGUCCCUGUCGGAAUGUCUACUGGUCCUGGGGCUCAGAACUUCAGCUUCACUCUCACGACUAGCACCGGGCUCACUGCAGUUGCGGGAAAUAAUUGCAGCUCCUGCAGUAACACCAAUUUGUACAACAUGUCUAAGUCGACAACCGCUCAAUCUAUGAGUGGUUCAGACGGAGCGAGCUUGGCAGACGCUUCGUACAGCGGGAAAGUCAUCAAGGAAACUUGUACCAUGGCAACUACAAAUGGAUCUGACUGGAACUACAAAAAUCAAACCAUCGUAGUCGCGGAUUCGUCAAAUACUGGCACCAUCUUCAACAAUGGCGUGUCCGGAGUGCUUGGUCUGGGCACAAACCGGAAUGUUGCCGCAGCAAGUACACCAGGGAGCACCUUCAAUGCAGGUUUCGAUGAUACCAUUUUCGGGCAAUGGCUGGAUCGCAAUCCCUCACAACCUGCUUUCCGCUAUGGCAUGCAGAUCAGCUCACCUAUCAUCACGCCCAAGAACACAUCGUCGACUAACCAGCCUACUGUUACGCCCAAGAGCAACGCUGGUACACUGCACUGGCUUUCCCCCGAUUCGUCCGCGUACAAUCCGAACCAUAUGGCAUCCAUGGCAGUACAGCCCAACACCGCGGCGAAUUACUCGACAUCCAGUGGUCAACCCGAUUUCACGGUCGAGCUAGACGGUUGGCAGUUCAAGAGCGGGAACUCGGCAUCUCAGAACAACCAGCCUAUGGUCGCUACGGUUGACCCCUAUUACACAGACAUGUACUUCCCACUCGAACAAGCGCAGCUUAUCAAUGGCAUCAUCUCGGGAUCGGUGUACGAGCCCAGUCUGUCUUCUCUGGGGUCUGAGUCCGGUGCUUGGAUGGUCCCCUGCGAUGCGAAGUACACUUUCACUGUAUCCAUCGGCUCCCAGAGCUUUACGCUUGACCAAUCGACGCUCAUGACAAACUCGGACGCCGUCUGCACGAGCGGGAUCGAAGGUUGGACUGACAGCAGCAUCACCCAGUACAUCCUCGGUGCCCGUUUCCUCAGCCAGUUCUACGUGAUCUUCGAGAUCAAUCGCAACGGCACCGACACUGUCACCCUGGCCGCGCGGAGCUCCACCUCCCACUCAACAAACGUGGGCGCGAUCGUCGGUGGAACGAUCGGCGGUGUCGCGGGCGUGCUACUCAUCGUGCUCGGCGCGCUCUUCUACUUCCGCCGCCACCGGUACCGCUUCUCGGAGAAGAUGGACAUCAUAGGCGAGCCCAUUAGCGCCGUCGUCGAGCCAUACAUAGUCGGGGGUAUCCCGGAGGCACAGCAGGAACAGCACGCGCAGUUCGUCUCUCCACCCGACUCGCCCGGGGUCGUGUCGCCCUUGUUGAGCAGCCACCUCUAUCACACGGAGGCGCUUCCUCCCCCUGCGUACGAGGCAACUGAGAGGAGCAGUGUGGGGGAUAGAAUGUCCACUGCUCGCGAUGCGAAGGGCGAGUACGUCCGGCCCGAGCCCGUGUCGGAGGGAUCGUCGUCGUCUGCGUACACAUCGUCUACUGCCCCACUCCAAAUCGCGUCCCUUCCCGACCAGGCGUAA